AUGCUCAUCACUGACGGCUUUUCAAUCAUCAUCCCAAUAUCUAUCUAUCUAUCUAUCUAUCUAUCUAUCUAUCUAGUUAUAACACGUUGUUCAUUAUCUAUCUAUCUAUCUAUCUAUCUAUCUGGUUGCCUGCAUCCUGAAUUUGUUAUUGCUUUUUACUUUUGUCACAUUUUUUUCGCUAUUUUUUAUUUAUCGGUUAAGAUAUCUAUACAUCUAACUGUAUUGAUGAUUAAUACUCUUCUCUGUUUCAUUAUCUAUCAUUCAUCUAUCUAUCUAUUCAGUCUAUUCAUUAUCUCCAGUCUAUCUAUCUAUCUAUAUCUAUCUAUUCAUUCAUCUAUCUAUCUAUCUCAGUCUGUUCAUUAUCCAUUCAUCUAUCUAUAUCUAUCUAUCUAUUCUAUCUAUCUAUCUAUCUAUCUGAGUCUGUUCAUUAUCUAUCUAUCUAUCUAUCUAUCUAUCUAUCUAUCUAUCUAUCUAUCUUUACCAAAACGUAUCUACAAGUAUGCAUAUCUCUCCUGGAGAUCAUGUUUUCAUAUUUUCUAUCAAUUCUUUCUUUUUGCCUUUUUUAUUCUUUCUUUCUUUUUUCUUUCUUUUUUUCUUUCUUUUCACUUUCUUACAAAAGAGAUACACAUUUCUGGAAGUCAAUUUUGUGGCCCUUUUGCUUUCACCCUGUCUCUCUCUAUAUAUGUACGUAUUCUUUCUUUCUUUCUUUCUUUCUUUGGUUUCUUGUUAUUUUUAUUCAUUAGCUUUCUUUAUUACAUUUCACUCGAUGUAAAAUCAUUUGUUUUCUGUACAUAUUUUCCUUUUCUUUUUUUCCUCCUCGCUCUCUAUUUCUCUUGCACAUAA